UGGCACAAUCCAAUAGGCUGAACCGCUGAACUCUUGGAGAACUUGGGUACUCAAAUCGCCGACGACUCGACGCUAUAGGUCGGCGGGAGGCUGACCGACUCCAAUCCAGUGUCUUCUCCGCCUUCCAAAGAACCUCCAGCAGGUCACCUUUCUCGACCUCAGUCAGAAAGGCUUAGCUACAGUCUUCCAUAGUUGGCGAGCGAUUCACUGGAGCGGAGUAUCAUCCUAAUUUCUGAACCCUAAUUCAAUUGCAACUCCUCCCAAUCGGCAAAGAGAAUGGGGAAGAAACAGCACAGCAAAGAUCGGAUGUUCAUAACGAGAACGGAAUGGGCAACGGAAUGGGGUGGCGCUAAGUCCAAAGAGCUCCGGACGCCUUUCAAGCGUCUUCCCUUCUAUUGCUGCGCUCUCACGUUUACGCCAUUUGAGUCUCCUGUGUGCACAGCUGAUGGCAGCAUCUUCGAAAUCAUGCAUAUCAUUCCUUACAUAAAGAAGUUUGGUAAGCACCCAGUUACUGGAGCUCCGUUGAAGCAAGGGGACCUUAUCCCACUCAACUUCCAUAAGAACUCUGAAGAAGAGUUCCAUUGCCCAGUGCUCAACAAAGUUUUUACGGAGUUCACACAUAUAGUAGCCAUCAAGACUACUGGAAAUGUUUUUUGCUAUGAGGCAGUGAAAGAAUUAAAUAUCAAGACGAAAAACUGGAAGGAGCUCCUUACUGACGAACCAUUCACUAGAGAGGAUCUGAUUACACUCCAGAAUCCUAAUGCUUUUGACUCUAGAGUUACUGUUGAGUUUGACCACAUAAAGAAUGACCUGAAAUUAGAUGAUGAAGAGCUGAAGAAGAUGACUUCAGAUCCAGCUUAUAACAUAAACGUAAGUGGUGAUAUCAAGCAAAUGCUGGAUGAACUUGGAACUGAGAAAGGAAGAGAAGCUGCACUCCAUGGAGGUGGUGGUAGCAAGGCACGAAAUGAGAGAGCUGCUGCGCUUGCUGCAAUUUUAGCUGCGAGAUCACGGAUUAAAGAAGAUCGAAAAUCUAAAUCCAAAGAUGAAGAUAGACCAUCCAAGGGAUUCAGUGUUGUUGAUGCUGCAUCAGCUGCAGUUCACGGGAGAAGUGCUGCAGCAGCAAAAGCCUCAUCAACAGAUAAGACAGCUGCCCGCAUAGCAAUGCAUAUGGCUGGUGAGAGGGCACCUGUCAAUGCGAAGCUGGUGAAGAGUCGCUACACCACUGGUGCAGCCUCUCGAUCUUUCACUUCCACUGCUUUCACCCCCGUGACUGAAAAUGAGUAUGAAUAUGUUAAGGUCGAGAGAAACCCAAAAAAGAAAGGUUAUGUGCAGUUGCAUACGACGCAUGGUGAUCUGAACAUUGAGCUGCAUUGUGACAUCACCCCGAGGGCAUGUGAGAACUUUUUAACACUCUGUGAAAAGAACUAUUAUAAUGGAGUUAUAUUUCACAGGAACAUACGGAAUUUCAUGAUUCAGGGUGGUGAUCCCACCGGAACCGGGAAAGGGGGUGAAUCUAUAUGGGGCCAACCUUUCAAUGACGAGCUGAACUCCAAGUUGGUUCAUUCGGGAAGAGGUGUCGUUAGUAUGGCGAACAGUGGUCCCCAUACGAAUGGAUCUCAGUUUUUCAUCCUGUACAAGUCUGCUAAUCAUUUGAACUUUAAGCAUACAGUUUUUGGGACGGUUGUUGGUGGGUUGACUACGUUGGCGACAAUGGAGAAGGUUCCUGUUGAUGACGAUGACCGACCUCUGGAAGAGAUAAAGAUAACUGGUGUGACGGUGUUUGUGAAUCCUUACACUGAACCCGAUGAAGAAGAAGAGGAAAAGGCGAAAGCCGAGGAAGCUGCCCUGGACGCAGAUAAGGACAAGGUUGGCUCGUGGUAUAGCAAUCCAGGCACAGGCGCGACAGAUUCUGAAGCCGGUAGCGGUGGCGUGGGAAAGUACUUGAAACCGAGGAGUGCCGGAACAGAAUCAGCUGCUACUUCCGCUGAUCUCACCACAGUUUCAGUUGGCAAAAAAAGGAAAGUUGGAGGUCCAGCAGUAGAAUUCAAAGACUUCUCUGGCUGGUAACAACUUCUCUCUUGUAGUGUUGUAAUCCCAUGCUGCUGUAUUAUCUGGUUGAUUUGAGAUUCACAGUGUUAGGUUCACUACUGUACCGGACUUUGUAUAUAAACAUGUAUGUUGGAUUUUGUUAAUCCUUUACAUGCUUCAGUGAGUUUGGACAAGCUUAAUGAUAGAGUAAGGUAGAAGUGUAGAGAUAUGUGAUGUAAGUAGCCACAGGCCCGGUCAGUUGGCCGGAUACAUUUCGUCAAUUGCAUAAACUAUCGUAGCAAUUAGUAAGCGAAUUAUAUGUUUAUUUGAUAGUAUAUGAAAAUAUAAAUUAUUUAAUUAUCUCAACAUUCAAUCAGCAAAGAGAAUC